UGGCCUGUUUCCUUUUCAUGAGCUCCGAGGAACUCGGGUCAUUUUCAACAAGGUCCCUUUUAAACAGAGAAAAGUGGUUUCAUUUUCCUCCAUUUGGAUUUGCGGAUAAAGAACUUUGCUUGUAGCAUGGGACUGUUGGAGAUAGCGUCGGUCUCCGUGUCCGUCGUGUGGACUCCACGGCCCUGGUCGUCUCGUGUGAGAGGAGCGGACAGAAGAGUGUCGCCGGCGGACGGACAUGUCUCGUGCCACGCAGGCAGAGGAGUCGACCAACUGCAGCGGGUGGGCGGGGUCAGACACGGCCGUCCGGCAGCCACGUAGCUAGCUGCCCCCGUUAGCGGUGUAGCUAACGUCAGCGAGCGUCACGAUGGACUUGCCUCAACACGGGUACCGAGCGACUAAACCGAGAGCUCGUGCAGCUCCCCCCACAGCCGACUCUGUCCUGUUUGAAGAUACCAGCUCUGGAGCACCGGCAAUGAGCAGUCAGGGAUACUACACUCCUGGGUACAAUAUGGCAGGACCCUCAAAUGACAUGCAGGGAGGUCCUGCAGUGAACAACCUUUUCGCUGACCCAAUGGCCAACGCUGCAAUGAUGUACGGCUCCUCCUUAGCCAACCAAGGAAAGGAUAUGGUGAACAAAGAGAUCAGCAGAUUCAUGCCUGUGAACAAGCUGAAAUACUUCUUUGCCGUUGAUACCAGAUACGUAAUGAAGAAACUUAUGAUCCUCAUGUUCCCUUAUACACAUCAGGACUGGGAAGUUCGUUACCAUCGGGACACUCCGCUGACUCCAAGACAAGAUGUAAAUGCCCCUGAUCUUUACAUACCAUCAAUGGCUUUCAUUACCUACAUUUUACUUGCUGGAAUGGCCCUUGGCAUUCAGAAAAGGUUCAGUCCAGAGGUUCUUGGGUUGUGUGCCAGCACUGCUCUGGUGUGGGUCAUCAUUGAGGUCCUGGUGAUGCUGCUGAGUCUGUACCUGCUGACAGUGCACAGUGACCUGUCAACUUUUGAUCUCAUCGCCUACAGUGGAUACAAAUAUGUUGGGAUGAUCUUCACGGUGUUGUGUGGCUUACUGUUUGGCAGUGAUGGAUAUUUUGUGGCCCUUGCCUGGUCUUCUUGUGCCCUUAUGUUCUUCAUUGUUCGAUCUCUGAAAAUGAAGAUCCUUCCCUCUCUCUCCACGGACGCCAUGGGAACGGGAUCAAGUGCCAAACCUCAGUUCCGCCUUUAUAUCACUGUGGCCACCGCAGUCUUUCAGCCAAUCAUUAUAUAUUGGUUAACCUCUCACUUGGUCAGGUGACCUCGAGGUGUUUAAUAACCUGAAGUCCAUGUGUACUGGACCCAAAAAAAAAAGUUGUGGUUGAGAGUUUGUACACCUAAUGUACAUUUAUACACUUGUAUCAGUAAACCCAAAACGUAUAUAGACAGUGUUGAGCUGCCGUGUGUGUACAGCUUGUCAGAUGGACGUGUCCACAAUGCAGUCGUUUCAUUGCUUUAACAAGAAAGUUUGACAGAAAAAGUCUCAAUGGAAGACUUGUUUUCCCCAGUGAGAGCACAGUAACACUGGCAAAUGCUAGUUUUUGGCCACCUAACUUUGAACACGGGCUUUUACUGAGAUUCCUUUGAUCAUAACUUGGAUUCAGUUUCAUUUUAUAAAAUGUCAGUGGACACGAUUUCCAGUAUUUACAGAUCACAGCCAGACAGUACACACCCCACAAACAGAAACGUACAUUACAUUUAUGAUUCCUGUACUGUGUUUCUUGUCUGGUAAUUUUGCUGAAUGACCUGCCCUCCUGGAUUUUAUUUAUCUACAUUUGAAAAAGCAUGACAAUGUUUCGAUUUUUGGUAGAAAAAAAUAAAUAUAUUUAGCGUUGCGAAUUCA